GUCCCAUUCAUUCCUAACGGCUAGGAUUUUGGUUCUCUGCGUGUCUCGUUUCUCUGUUUCUCUCUCAAACUCAAAGUUCUCAAUCACAAUCACUCUAAGCUUUCAGAUUCUGAUCAUCGAUUUCUUAGACGAAGGCGAGAUAAAAGGAUGUUGACGAAGAGAACUGCAAGUUUUAAGCCUGUGCAAUCUACUGUCUCUUUGAUGAAGAGUGCCUCCAAAAAUCCUUUCAACAACCCGGUUUCACUAGUCCGGGAUGAGCCUGAGAAAGUGUCGAGCUUUAAGGCCAAAAAGAAAGUUACAUUCGACCCCAAUGUCAAAAUCUAUGAAUAUGUUUCCUGCGAUGAAGCUUCGGAUUUUUAUCUGGAGAGUGUAGGCAGUGGGAAGAAGGGGGAGGAGGGAAAUAUAGCAAAAUCAAGCCAAUCUAAGUCUUUUUCAGAAGAUAGUUACCAGAAUUGCAGGGACAGUGAUGAUGAGUAUGAUGAACUAUACCAUGAGGAUAGUGAUCUUGAUGAUAUUGAUGAUCCCAAUGACCAAGAUGACAUUGGUGGACUAAUGGAUGAUGGCUUGUAUGAGGAUGAUGAUGAUGGAAUUGUGGAAUUGAGGAGAAUGAUUUCUGCAGCUCAUGUGUUCACUGAGGAGUUUGAUAGUCCUAUGCCAAUAUGUGGUUUGCAUGCCCACGAAGUGAAGUCUAUCGGAUCUGCAAGAGGUAGGCGUAGUUAUGUUCAUGCCGUGCUGAACCCAGUAGAAAAUCUUAGUCAGUGGAGAGCUAUUAAAGCUAAAGGGGCACCUCCUCCAUUGAGACCUGGUAAAGAGAAUUUUGUUUCAAAUCAAGAACCCCAGGUUCCCUUCAGUUCAGAGCCCAGUGUAAAGGAAUAUUCAUUCAGUUUCAAGUCGAAAGGUGAUCAAGUGAAGAAGUCAAAUCAUAAAACACCAAAGAGUUCUUCAACUCGAAGCCCUGAUAAGAUGUCUACCAUAGGCACUGCUGGGACCUACUGGAAGCACACUAUCCCUUCCUUUGUAGGAAGAGAUAAAACAUAUGGUUCUAUGGUUGUGCAGGAUAAGAGAAUGAAUCAGUUGGAAAAAGUGAAGCCAACCGUGUCUAACCCAUAUGCUCGAGAUAGGAGUACUUCUCAUAAUCCUCUCUUGAUGCCAGUUCAAAAUCUUGCUCAGUGGAAAGCUCUUAAAGCUAAAGGGCAUCGGAAUUGAGGCCUCAAAAAGAGAAUUUUGAGUCAAAUCAUGAAUCCCGGGCCCCCUUUAAUUCAAGCCAAGUUUCAAGGAAAUAUCAGUCAGUGUCAAGUCCAAACUGAUCAAGCCAAGAAAGUUAAACCAAGAAACAGCAAGGAAGUAUACUAGUAGAAGCGCUGUUGAUAGUGUUGUUUUGUAGCAACUAUAAAGUAAGGUCAAUUUAGUUUUGUAUGACAGUUGCUGGCUGUUGUAAUUUCUUGACUUUGUUAUACAAUUCAAUUCAUUUCUUGUGAAGGCCAAUUUUAGUUUUGUACACGGUGCUGGCUGCCGUAAUUUCUUGGCAUUUUUAUACAAUUCAAUUUUCAUUCUUUGUGAAGGUUAAUUAAGUUUUAUA